AUGGACGUACCAAGACGAUUUUUCGUAGGUUUAUUGUUCGUUUCGGUAACUUAUCAGUCUGGUCACCCUUUCGCCCCAAGGCUGACUGAUUCUGGGGGCAAAAUGUCGGUCCUUCCAGCUUUGCCACAAAUGAUAUGUUUCGGCGAUUCGCUGACACAGCGUGGAUGGAGCUACGAUGGUGGCUGGCUUGCCAUCCUGGCGGACAAUUUCGUUCGGCGUGUGGAUAUAAUCGGUCGAGGAUACUCCGGGUAUAACACACGUAUGUGCCGUCAGAUUCUGCCGGAUCUGUACCCUGACCGGGCGUCAGUGGCAUUGUGUCGUAUGUUUAUCAUCUUCUUGGGCGCAAAUGAUGCGAGUAACGCGGAGCAGCAUGUGCCAGUUGAUGAGUACAAGGAGAACUUGAAAACAAUGGUUAGCUAUCUAACUGAACUUGGCAUUCCAAAAGACCACAUUAUGUUGAUUAGCCUCCCGCCCUUAGACGAAGCCAGAUGGGGGAGUCGGCACAUUGCGGAAGGCACACCACUCGAUCGGGAGUUGAAAAAUUGCCCAUUUUACGCCGCAGCGUGUGAGGAAGUUGCUGUGAACGAGGGGCUCCCUUACGUCAACUUGUUCAAAGCCAUGUUUGCGCAAAACGUCAGACAUUUACUCACUGCUCGCUAACUGUUGGCUUUCCGUCGUUGAACUUGCAGCGUUCGUAUGCUGAGUAUUUUCCGAAGUGUUAUAUCCGAUGUUUGUAUCAUGCUGUAUACUGCAGAACAAGUUAACUGGUAUUCACCCGCCGGGCAUAACUUUUGUGGGCUUCCUGGUAGAGCCACAUGGCAUCUUACGCUUUCAUGCUGUGAACAGUCGGACAGUUUUCCAUUAUCCACUAUCUACCUGUGUGAUGCAACUACACAUUGUGUGCUGUUUCGCCAACUGGAACUGUUUGGAAUUGGCGAAGUUGAAAGUGGUGUGGCUAGGUACAUCCCACUUAUCAACUCGCACGUUGGGAACUCUAUGGGUUUUCAAUGUGGAUUGAGAAUGGUUGAGUACUGGCUGAAUUACUUAUUGAACUCGGUGAUCCUAUCGCAAACAUGUUUUGUCAUCCACUGAGUGCGCUGUUGCUUAAUCAGUUGAUUCGAAGCAGUUGGCUGUCGUAUGACGUUUUUGACGACGUUUUUCGCUGGCUUCAAACUACGAUGGGUCGAAAAAAUCCGUAUAUACUAUGGUUCCAGUAGCUUUUACUGUUCAACUUUAACCACCAGAAAACACGAACCAUUCUAACAAAUCUUUUUGAUUGCGGUCUAUAGCGGACUGGAUCCAAUUUUUCAACGAUGGCCUCCAUUUUUCCAGACGAGGUUCUGAAUUUUUGGCACAGAUAUUAACCUCUAUUUUCAACGACCUGCUAUCUGACUGUCCAGUUCGACUGCCGGAUUGGAAGAUGAUAAACAAGGCUAAUCCGACCAUAUCCUUCCAACAAUACAAGGACGAAUGGCUGAAGACUUGAAAGUUAGCAACAAUGAAGAUUUUUUGCAUCAUGCUGUGAACGAAGAUCAUCUCGAGCCAAUAAAUCAUCCGAUACAGAUUUCGUGAACCCGAUUGGCUAACGGACUAUUAUCGGCGGCCCAUACUGUAUUCAGAGAACAACUUUUUUGAGUAUCAUACCAG